AUGUCAACAGCUCUCGACAGAAAAUUGGACAUAAAAGAUUGGCUCGAAUUUCGCAAGAAAAGUCUUCUUCCAGGUGGCUUUGGAGAGGAAAGAAAGUGGAUAUGGCCUAAACUCUUAUUCGUUGAAAACACCUUAAAAUCCGAACCAACAGAAUCGAGUUUAGAAGUUCAAGAACACAAGGACGAGCGUCAAAUACAGCUAGACACGGAUCGAAGUUUUGUUUUGUAUCCAGAUCCAGUAGAUGUCAACAAGGACCGACAGUUGCUACAAGAGGAAUUGCGAGAGCUAUUGGUUUCAUUGUUUAGAAGAAGACCGAGGCUUCACUAUUUUCAAGGAUUCCACGAUGUAGUCACCGUGCUGUUCCUCACGUUGCCGGAAGAAGUACAGGUGGAAUGUGUCGAAAAACUGAGCUUGCAUCGUUUACGAGACUCGAUGGGGCCUAGCCUGGAACCCGUGUUGGGUUUGUUGAGAUUCAUGAAUGCUCUAUUACGGGUAAUAGACCCGGAAUACGCAGCAACCUUAGAACAAAGCACCCCUCUGCCCUACUUCGCACUAUCAAAUCUGUUGACACUAUUCUCGCAUGAUAUGCCGACCCUUCCAUUAAUUCAACACGUAUUCGAUUACUUGCUAUGCAGGCCACCUAUAAUGGUUGUUUACCUUGUGACUGCGAUCACACUUUCUCGGAAAGCAGAAGUCAAACGAUUACAAGAGGAAGGAGACGAUGGAAUGAUGCAUUCGUUACUGGCCAAUCUGCCGCACUUGACAGAUGAGAUGGACUUGAAGAGAGAAGUUGAGAAGGAAGUGGUCGUUCUGGCAGUCGCGAAAGAUGAAGAAGUCGAGCCAAAGGCCGAAUCUAUUCCAUUGGACGCGGAGGUAGCAAAGAAGGAGGUAUCUGAAGAUGUUUCCGAAAGCCUCUCGACAACGCGUUUACCUUCCGAGCAAUCGAUCGAGAAGGCUGAAUUCAAUUCCAAGGAUAAAGAUAGCUUACACUUGACGGAAAUUAAGGAUAUUCCUCUCACUUCGGGUAUACUUUCAGGAUCUCCGCCAACGGGACGAGCUCUUCCUGAAACACCACCGACUUCACCUGCAAACCCAAAUGACAAGGGUCAGGAAGAGCAGAUAGAGGCCCCGUCGCCUCCACCAAUGCCGGCGACCACCGGUAAACCACUGAAACCACCCGCAAUACCAUUGGUCACCUUACUCGAGAAAUCCGAUUCCCUAUACCAGCAAUACCCGCCCAAUUAUCCAGAACUCAAACCGAAACUUUCAGACAUCAUGGGGCCUCAAAGCGUCGUGUUCACCUGGACUCAAGAUGAACGGGAGCUUCCAUCAGACGAUACCGCGGAGAACAUGGUCGAUUGUCCUCAGUUGGUGGUGUAUCCUGCUGUUGAGGAAAGUGAAGGCGAGGAGGGAAGUGAUCAUGAGAAACCUAUGGUUGGUGGCAACAAAAAGAGGAACAAAUUACGGAAAGCCAGGAACCCACGAGCUGCGAGGAAGAAACUCGGUAAGGUUCUGGAGUUCAGGGAAAGGAAGACGAUGGUUGCUGGGGCUGUGCUGGUGUUGGGAGUUGCUAUGGCUGUAUAUGGUGUUCGAAGUGGGGCGAUUGGAGUUGGAGUUGGUGACGGUAGGGGCCAUGCUGGGUUUAACCGGGAGUGGAAGAAAAUCGGAGGUUGGGUUGGGCUGUUGCUCGGAAGUAGGUUUUGGUAG